AUGCAGCAGCCGCGGCGGCGGCGGCGAGGGCCGGGGCGGUGUCUCGGGGCCGAGAGCGGCUGGCGCUUCCCCGCGGGCUUCUCCCUGAGUGACCGAGCGCCCAACAGAGGCAGCAAGAAGCCGGCCGCGCCCCGCAGCUUCCCCCGCGCUGAGCCCGGCUGCCCCGCGCCCCGCUCGGAGAUGGCGCGGCCGGGCUCGGGCAGCUUCUCGCCGCCGCAGUACCUGGACCCGUACGGCUCGGAGCCGGAGACGGCGGGCGGGGAAGGGGGCUGCAGCCUGCCCCCGACGUACCAGAAAGCGGGGCUGAGGAAGGGACAGAAGAGCCGGGUCCCCCACCAGUCCCGCCGCUCCUCCUCCUGGCAGCGGCAUGUGCCCCCGGCGGGGGAAGGGUAUGCGACCUCCCUGAACCCCUCCUGCACCAGCCUCUUCCGGGGGGACUGCCCGGGGCACCCCGACAGCAGCCCCUUGGGCCGGGGCAGCCGGCUGGAGGAGGGGCUCAGGGAGGACCAGUGGGCCAGCCCUGUGCAGAGGACCCGGGAGUAUGGCCCAGAUUUCAUCUCUGAGGCCAGCAAGCCCCUUUCCGCCUGCGCCUCCUCUUCCUCCUGCCAGCUGGAGACCGCCCCCAGCAAGCCCGGGAAGAAAGAGCUCAAGAGCGGGGGCUGGCAGGAGGCGUGUGAGAGCAGCCCAAGCCUGAGUGACCUGAUGCACUCCUUUGCCAGACAGUAUGAAGAUGAGGAUGAAGAGGAUACACAGGCUGAAAACCAUUACCACAAACACAGCGUCCACCAUCCCCCGAGGUCAAGAAGGAGAGAGCCCCAAGUCAGCGUCCAGGAUCUAACUGAUAAGAGAUAUGAGAACUUAAUCCCUGAAAGGGACCGAAAGAUUGCAGCUCUGAUGCUGGCCAGGCAUCGGGAGGAGCAGGAUCUAAAAGAGAGGCAGCAGCAGACCUCUGAUGCCUGGGAUAAGAUGAGAGGGAGGGAGAAGAAGAUCAAAUCAAAACUGGAAAAAGAAAGGCAGCACCAUCUUGCUGAAAGCCUGGAGAAGUGGCAAAGGGAUAGAGAGCACAGGAAAGCCAGGCUCAGGCUAGAAGAGCAACAGCUUUUGAAGGCCAGAGAGAAAGAAAUGAUGUUACAGCACAAGAAGUGGGAAAAAGUAGCCGAGGAGCAAGAAAUGAGGCGGAAGGAAAAACGUGAAAGAACUAAAGUCCAAGCUGAGUACAGGAAACGCUGUCAAGAAAAGCAACUGAGAGAGAAAAGAAUAGCUGAGAAGAAUGCUAAGCAGUACAACUAUAAUCUAUUAAAGGAAAAAAUGGCGCAGGCCUUUGAAAAAAGACUGUUGAAAGAAAUGGAGGGGAAGAAAAGGAGUCAAGAUCUGAACCAAUAUGAAAAAACCAGACACAGGCCCCUGAAACCGCAAAUGGAUCACCAAGUCAAAGCUGAUGAGCUUUAUAAGAGGCUUUCUAUAGAACAAAAGCUUCAAAGAUCUCAAGAAAUCCUUGAUCAGCUGAUGGAAGAAAGGAACAAAGAACUAAAAGAAAAAUCUUCAAGGGAUGAAGAACAAGUCCUAUUGGCCAAGUUUAGAGCAAAAGAGACUGAGGAAGAAAAAAGAAGGCGUAAAAAUAUGUUGCUGCAGAUAGCGGAGAUGAAGAUCCAGCAAGCCCGAGAAAUUAUGUCUAAAAAUAUCCAAGACAAAGCACAACGUAGCAAGGAAAGUAACUAUUUAAAAGAAAUAAACCACCACUUUCGAAAACAAAAAGUUGAAGAUGAUGAAAAAUGUCACCUACAGGAAAUUCAGGAAGCCAUCAAAAGGAAAGAUGAAAAAAGCAAUAGAAUUUUAAGGGACAAGGAAGCGGCUGUUGAAGACUCUAGAAAAAUAGCAAGAGCAUCUUAUGACCUGAGAAAAAAAGUGAGAGAACUGAUUAACAGCCAUUCAUUUGACUAGAUGACUUGAGAUGUCCAUCACAAUGCAAGUCUUCCUAAAGGGAUCUAGUAAGACUUAAAAAGAAAAAUUGCAAUCAUUCUUGUGCUAAAAUGAUGGCUUGCAAUACAUUCAUUUUGUGGCUUGUCUAGAAUUCUGCAUUGUAUUACACUAAAAUGGUUUCACCCUUAACCUGGGUGUGUCUCAAAUGCACUGAUCAUUUUCAGUAGGAUUAUGGCCUAAAGGAUUUCACAGUGUUUAUUUAAGUGCACCAUUUUGCAAUUGUAUUCUGUUUAUAAACUGAAAAUGGGCCACCUGGAAUCUAUACUAUUUAACUGAUUUAAUGUAGAAGGUAGAUUUUGAUGGAAUCCAGAAAAGGUUACUAAAAAAAGCACGAAUGCUAUCUAAUUGCAGGCACACUGUGGAAACAUGGUUAGAUACCUUGUCUUAGUCUGCAUUUGUAAAGCACCUUACAGCAUUAAUGCUACAUAAACCCAUAAUAACAAAGGUCUAGGUUCCAAGAUUCCAAGAACUGAAUAAUGCAACAUCCACAAAUAUUAAAUAACUUGUUUUUUUCUGCCUUCAAUCACUUAGUAAAUACACUGAUCAGACCAUAUAUUCGAUGAGAAAACAUUACAUAGGUAUGUUAAACAUGAAUCAUGCCAGAUCUAAACAAUCUAUGGAUGCAGGUAUUUUGAGACUGAUGGUGCUUGGAUACAGUGGAGUUCUCGCUUAGUUCUCACUGUGAGCCAUAUGCUGUUUUUUUUUUUAAUAUAUAAAAAGAUAUUCAUUUCACUAGGGAGUUCCACAUAUUGACAGAUAGAGGAUCUGACCCUGAUUGUAUAAAGAUUUGGUUGCUUUCAUACUGAACCUGCAUGUGUCCAAACAUUUUCUUUAUUUCUAUUUCUGUUGUCUGGGUAUUUCCCCAACUGUUUAAAAUCUGAACUUUUCAAGCACUGAACACAUUUGGGUGUGGCUUUUUUUAAAAACAACACUAUUAUUCUAUCAUAUCUGCAUUUGAUAGACUAGAUGUAUGGCUAAUGUUAGAGACUUAAACCUUCCUCCCCUACCCCAAUCUUUCACCAGUACUAAUUUGACACUAAAAAGAAUGCUACUGAUGAAUAUAAAGAAAAAUAUUUACCAAUAGAGUAUGUGGGGUGAAAUCCAGAUGCAACUGAAGUCAAUAGCAAAAUUCCCAUUGACUUUUGUGGGGUUAGGAUUUCACCCCUCCUAUAGCAGAUUUUAAAGACACUCGUUUACAAUCUGGUUAAGGGACUGCCAUUCUUCCACUGUCCCAAAUAUGUCACACUUCAGCAAAAGGGUGCCCAAAGGCAUCAAGUUCAAGUGCUUUCAUCUUGAAUAGGAUUCAACUUGGUUCACUUGGUAAAAAUGUUUCAUAUCACAUAAGGUUUCAGAACACUGAAUUAUAUUAAAAAUGGAAGGG